AUGACAAAACCCACUGAUGGAUGGUGUUCAGUGGAAGGGGCGAACAGCCCUUGGAGAACCGCUGAAGACGUGAUUGGGGCGGACGGGCAGGCUGAUGUGCCUGGAUGCCCCAUAGAGGGCUGCGUUGCUGAUGAAACACAGAGCAGGAGACCCAGCUGCACGGCCUCGCCAUCUGCCUUGGGGAAGAAGACACUUCGCGGCCAACGCCAUUCGGAACGGAAGCGGGUGCACUUUGGUGCGCCGCUCUCUCCUGAGUUUUUUGACAAGACUCUCCCUUCAAGCACCCCACUAAAGAAGGGUAGCACCCCAUUCCGUCACCCAGCCUCUGCAGGCGCAGAGCUGUGUCCAGUGCUAAAGACUGCACUGGGAAAUGAAGCUCCACUUUCACAGCCUGACUUCAGCAGUCCAGAGGCCGGUAGUGGCUCACCAACCCUUGGCCAGACCGAAGGCCCUGAAGCAGCUGUGAGCAGUGAUCUCAUACUCCAAGAUGCAGAGGAACAGAUUCCCAGACUUCUUCUUGAGGAAGAUGAUGAGGUUGAACCGGAGGUGAACACUGCAGGUAUUCCCAAAGAUGCCUCCUCAGACAAGAUGGCUGACUCCCAGGCACCUAACAUGAACUCGCCUUGCCAAGUGGAGCCUCUCUUAGAGGAGCAGACAGAAGCUGAGCUGGAGCUCCUUUCCUACCCGCAGCAGCAGCAGCAGCAGCCGCCUCCACCUCCUCCUCCUCUCCAGCAGCAGGAACAGCAGGACUCCGCCACUUCAAGCAGCCCAGCCAGACCCCGCGGCAGGAAGAGAAAACCACUGGUGGCGGCGGCGGCCGCAGUAGCUGAGAGCGAGCCCCAGACAGAGAGGAGGACUUCCAGCCGCUCUGCUGCUCUCUCAGCCUCAGGGAAGAUGAAGGACUCUACAGGAAAGCGGCGUUUCGGAGGUAAGGAUGUGGACCGCUCACUGUACGGGAAGAGAGCAUACGCCUCCAAGAACCCUCUGCUCAGCCCCAUCUUUGAACCCCCGCUUUCCAAUGGUGUCUGCGUUACUCCAGCUAACCCUUCUGGAAUAUCCACAGUAAAAGCAAGUCGCAAGUCUCAGGAGUCUUCUCAGAAAAACCAGAGUGAAGCUGCGAGUGAUAUCAUCACUGCAGCCACCAGGUGGCGCCAACGCUUCUGCCCCGAGUCCAUUCAGGAAAUCUCAAGCGACCUCACUGAAACCAAGCCUUCACCUGAAAUUCCUGCAGCCGUAUCAGAGGUGAGUUGCUUGCUCUCUGAGACUGCCUCCAGCACCACACCCAGAGGCAAAGGCCGCCCAGGGCCCAAGCCUAAACCCAAGACCCCUAAAGCUGGGGCUGCCUCGGCCAAGCCCACAGUCAGACGCAGCAGGGGCCGGAGAAGUGGCGCCCUGCACAUUGAUGCUGCUACUCACGUGUCUGAGGCCCAGUCUGCUGGUGAGGAACAUGAGAAUGAAACCGGGCAGAGAGGAGGACAGAUCCAUACCGAGGCAGAAUCGGUGCUCCUCGGCCAGGCGACUCAUGACCAUCAUGAUGGGGAUAGACCAGAGCUGAGCCCUCACCACUCCUCUGAGCCUGCCAACACCCAUGGGGUUGAAGCGCCGCCGUCCCACGAGCCCUGCAGGGAGACGGAAGAUCAGACAGAGGCAAGCACUGAUUGCAGACGCACCCUUACAGUGGAGGGAGAUGGAUGUGAUGUGGCGACUCGGCAGCACUGGAAGCCAGUGCAGGCAGACAAGCAGAAGCAAACCAUCAAACACCGAGGCAGAGCCAGAAGGAAGAGCUCCCUACGGCAGCCCAGCACAGCGGCGGUGGAGGCUCUUGGGCAGGAUGAGGAGAGGGAGGUGACUGAGGAGAGGGAGGUGACUGGGGAGAGGGAGGUGACUGAGGAGAGGGAGGUGACUGGGGAGAGGGAGGUGACUGAGGAGAGGGAGUCUGAACACCAAGCUCCCUCUGGGUUGGAGGAUGACUCGGGCAGUGCUAAUGUGUCCAGCAAAGACACAGACAGAGAUAGGCUGGAGAAUGGGGCACAGCAGCAACAGGAAGUGACCUCACACACAGACAACACUACUCUGGCACCAUGGCAGCAGGCAGAGUUCAGCAUCGAGGACGUGCUCAGGCCCGUGGCGGCGGGCAGGGGCUCGGUGCGGCGCAGCCUGAGGAACCGGAGCGAGCAGGGAUCCGAGUCUGGAGCCUCUGGCCUUGCGUGGGUGGCGCACACGUCCCCCGACAUCACCACGAGUGCCACAGGAAGCCGGGCUGGCCGCAGAAAAACUCGCUCUCGUCUCAGCGUCACCCUCCAGCCCCCAAGCCUGCCUGAGGAACCUGAACCUCAAGAUGAGCCUGAGUCGGCAGACGAAUGACUGCACAGUGGACAAUAUGAGUUUACUCAACUGUGGGAGAAGACACUCUUUUAGUUUUGUUUUUAGAGGAGGUUGGUUUUUAUUUCUGAACCUUUUUGCUUGUUCAUCUUUUAAUCUAGUCAUUCAACUAGUUAUCUGUGGCAACCCCGUUUCUUAGGUCGCUGGAUGCAUCACAGUGUAUUACUUAAUAUACUUAACAUAUUCAUUGUGCUCUUAAACAUCUCAGCUCUGUUUGAAAGAAGCUCUCUUUUACAUGCAGUGUGACCCCUGUAAAUAUGCCCAUGUUAUUGCCCAUUAAAACCACUGAAUGACA